AUGUCGAAACGCUCGCAGCCUCACGAUGCUCACCCUAGCGAUCACUCAGCCAUCUACAACGAGGAUCUGAAACAUCCUUCGCCAAAGCGUGCAAAGCAGAUUGACGAGCACUCGCCUUUCGAAGCGCUACAGAAGGCCAUCUCCGAGCAAAAGACCGACCAUACGGUUCGCAAUGUCUUGCAUUGGUUCAGAUCUAAGGAUGUUAGAGCUCACGACAACCGCGCACUUUAUGCUGCAUCGCAAAAGGCCAAGGAGGGUGAUGGAAGCUUGAUUACCAUGUACCUCCACAGCCCCAAGGACUUGGAAUGGCACGGCACAAGUCCUGCUAGAUCUGACUUUUUGCUGGAGUCACUCAAGUUGCUGCAGAAGGAGUUGCAAGAGAAGAAUAUCCCGAUGGCCAUUGUGACGGCAGAGGAAAGAGCGGAAAAGACAGACAAGGUCAUUGAGUUCAUAAAGGACAACGACAUCUCACACGUCUACGGAAACUACGAGUACGAAAUUGACGAGAUCCGCCGCGACAUCAAAGUUGCACAUCACAUGAAAAAAGAGAAGGAUGUUUCCUUUGAGCUUCUGCACGAUCAAACGGUUCUCGAGCCUGGACUUCUCAAGACUGGCAGCGGCACACCCAUGAAGGUCUUUACACCCUAUCACAAGGCCUGGCUUGUCGAGACCAAACAUGAUCCCUCCCAUCUUGAGCUCAUCAGCCCUCCUGAAGCCAACGACAAGUCAGCAGCGGACAAGUUCAAGAAACUGUUCGACUCCAAGCUCCCCUCGCUACAAGAAAACAAGGACUUUAUCGACGACGAAGAACGUCAACGUAUUCGCUCUCUCUGGCCCGCAGGCCAUGAAGCUGGCAUAAACCGCCUCAAGCAGUUUCUCAACGACAAAGUCUCCGAUUACGCCGACAAGCGCUCAGAGCCAGCCGGAGACCCAUCUUCCCGCCUCUCGGCUUACUUCUCAGCCGGCGUGAUCAGUGUCCGUGAAGCUCUCUCCCACGCAAAGAAAUUCAACGACAACAAGCACUUUGACGAAAAUGAUGCGGGCGUAGCAUCUUGGGUCCGCGAAAUUGUUUUCCGCGAAUUCUACCGCCAAGUCCUCGUCGCCAUCCCUCACAACGCAAUGAAUCUACCCCAGAAUCUUAAGUUCGACAAUGUACACUGGGAAGACGAUGAAGAAGGCUGGGAAAAGUGGUGUCAAGGCAAGACUGGUGUUCCGUGGGUCGACGCAGGAAUGCGCCAGCUGAAUACGGAGGCUUAUAUGCACAACCGUCUCAGGAUGAACACAAGUUCCUAUUUGACCGCGAACCUGUUAAUUGACUACCGCAGAGGAGAGAGAUACUUUGCUACUCAUCUGAUUGAUUGGGAUCUCUCAAACAACACACAAGGUUGGGAGCCUUCAUACACAGUCUUCAACCCCAUUGCUCAGGCAGAAAAAUGCGACAAGGAGGGUGAAUACAUCAGGAAAUGGGUUCCCGAGCUGAAAAACUUGAAGGGUAAGGAUAUCUUUGAUCCAUAUGGAAGAUUGAGUAAGGCAGAGUUUGAAAAGCUUGGAUACCCGAAGCCUCAUGUGGAUUUCUCGGAGAGCAAGAAGAGGGCUACCGAGAGGUUCAAGAAGGACUUGGCUGCGGCUGUUGUUUGA